GGAAAGUUGACGCGCCUACUUUGGUUGCUUUAGAGGUAUGAUGGGUUCUCGCCUUAGAAAAAAUAUGUGAUUUACUUGCAACCUCUGAUGACCCAUCCGGCCAACUUUCAUUCCAUUUCGCCCUCACAAUUUAGUUCCGGGUCCACCAAAAGUUCCGGCGCCCUUGUGAUGAUAUCUGCCCAUUUGCUUCCCCUGCUUCCUGGUGCCGUUCCUCCCGAAUCUACUUCGUAUUUUCAUGGAAAGAUCACUCGUGAGCAAGCUGAAGAACAACUAGUGGCCCACGGUGCUGCUGAAGGCCUCUUUCUUUUGCGAGAAUCUGUGAACCGGAAUUAUGUCAUCUCCAUAUGUCAUCUGAAUCGUGUACAUCACUACAACGUGGAACGUCAACAAGAUGCAUCUUAUCGAAUCCAGACAGGUCAUCGGUUUCUCGGCCCAGUCGAGCUGGUUCAACACCAUUCCAUGCAUCUGGACGGCUUUCUAACCUUGGCUCGACUACCACUCAACCGACCGGAAGGAAUGAGUCCUUUGCUCCUACAAGGUUUGCAUCUUGAUGAAUUUGAACAGAAAUUACGGUUGAAGGCCAUCGAAAUGGGACUAAAAGGUCGUAGUGUUGACGAAGCCCUUGGGGGACCAAUGCGAGACCAUAUUCGGUAUCUCGUUCUCAAAGAACUUCACGUGUGUCAACCGUGGUAUCAUCAUUGCAUAGGACGCCGGGAAGCAGAGCGCCGUUUGGUAGAAGUCGGCAGUCUGGAAGGAUCGUUCUUAGUACGUUUUCGAAAAGAAGAUGGAUCGUUCGUUUUGAGUCUGUGCAAUCAAGGCGAACCGAAACAUUAUAAAAUCGAAGAACAUCUGGACCGAUGGUCAAUUGAAGGCGGACAGUAUUUCGAAACGUUAAUGGAGAUGAUUGACCACUACCAUCAUCGGCAAGAUGGAUUGUUAUGUAAACUUCGCCAGCCUGUUGUGGCUCCCAGUUUUACAAGGUCUCGAUCGGGUUCAAGUGCCGCCUCCAAGGCGAAUGAACAAAAUACUACUAUUCCGAAGGAGGAUUGCGCGGUUCAAACCAAUAUGUCGUCCGCCGUGAGCAGUUGGAACGGUAGCCAGUCAUUACCAUCCCUGUCCUCUGCUCCCUUGGUUGCCGCCUCCAACGGUGCGGGUGAGGCAUCCCUGGUUGAUAGCUCAAAGUUGAAACAGGAUCUGAUCUCAUUUGCUGACUGGCCCAACGUGACGCGACUCCUGGCCAGCAACCAGGACACGGCGUCCAGUCCCGUUCCUUUUUGUCCUCUCACUGAUCUACUCAAAACCAAAUCGAACGGCUACGGUGGUCCAGGAGCCAUGGAAGAUAGACCAAAUUGCAUUGCGUCCGCAUCAGCCCUGUUUGAUACGAGUCCGUUCCCUCCGUCCCCGUUUACUCCAACGACACCAGUUGCAGACCCGUUGGCAGAUGUUACGCCGGUUCCAAAUUGCACCUCUACCAAUCCACUAUCCGUGCUGUCGCUCAGCAAAGUGACGAAGUCGGAUACGUCGACAGUAGCGUCAUUUGGCACCGCGAACGGUCUUUCAAACAUCUUCAACUCUCCUUUACUCUUUUGCCACAAUCAAAGGCCUGAGCAACAGGCGAAAAUUACCCACUAUCAGGAACAAAAACGGCGAGCAAGCAGUGGUGCCGAUCCGAAAUGUUUAGAACCAGUUCGACUCGGUGACCCUCCGGUUGGACGGGCUACAGCCGAUGUGAAUAAGGCGAUUGCAAAUAUCGUCUCCGGUGCAUUUGCUCCACCCACUCGAGAAACUACUCGUCUCUCAAUCCUCCAGCCUGAAACGUCGCCCCCUUCAUGUUGUCCUUUAUCGAAUACACCACAGAGUACCACUCAGAUUUCCGACUCCCUAACCAAACUGGCUAAUUUCGGGUCUGACCGGUCCCUGAACGACACUUGUAUAACCACGACCUCCUCGAACGAAGCACCCCCACAGUCGUUACACUUUCCUCCAAUUUUAGACAGUCCUUGGGAGGAACCAGAUUGUAAUGAAGAUUCUAUUCCCACAAACAGUGGCGGUUCCAGUUGCAGUGGAUGCAGUGUGCUGCUUGCUGCACCCCCGCUUCCGCUCCCACCCACAUGCUGUACAAAUCCUUUUCUUCCCCAAUUCGCCCCUCAAUUUACCCCAAGUCCAGGCGUCGCUUCCCCAGUUAUCUCCCAAAGUCAGUCGACAGUUCUGGGCCCUCAUUCACCAGACGUGUCCACGUUUUUCUCCGCCGCUUGUUGUGCCCCUAAUUCUCACCAACAGCGUCGUCGCGCAUCUAGUUUUAGCCGAAGCCCUUGGUCACAGGAUAUGUGCCAGGAGAAUACUCAGAUGAUCUACGACGAACUGCCUCCAUCCACCUUCCUUCUGAGCUCACAUAGUGUGAUACUUAAGGAACGUCUGGGUGGAGGAAAUUUUGGGCACGUUGUGAAGGGAGUUUAUCGCACACCAACAGGUCAAGAUAUCCCAGUGGCUGUAAAAACACUGAAACCGGAUCAACUUGCAAAUACUGGUGAACGGGAAAUUCUUUCUGAGGCACGAACUAUGGCUCAGCUGAAACACCGCCACAUUGUUCGUCUCAUAGGUGUCUGCAAAGAUGAACAACUUAUGCUCGUCCUGGAACUGGCUCCGUUAGGCCCGAUCAAUAAAUAUUUGAAGAAACGACCCGACGUGCCCAUACACACACUGACCGAAUUGAUGUACCAAGUGGCUUUAGGAAUGGCCUACCUGGAGUCGUGCAAAUUUGUACAUCGCGAUCUGGCAGCAAGGAACGUUUUACUGGUCACACGACACUUUGCGAAGAUUAGCGACUUUGGGAUGAGCAAAGCUCUGAAUUUUGGGAGUGAUUACUAUCGAGCUGCAACUGCCGGCAAAUGGCCACUGAAAUGGUACGCCCCAGAAUGCAUAUACUAUUUCCGCUUCGACUCAAAAUCAGACGUAUGGAGCUACGGAAUCACCUUGUGGGAAGUCUAUUCUUAUGGCGAACGACCGUAUAGAGAUAUGAAAGGUGCACAAAUUUUGGCAAUGCUGGAUCAAGGUUUACGACUAUCGAAGCCAAGUCGCUGUCCUGAGUCCAUCUACGGAAUUAUGCAACAAUGUUGGCAUUUUGAAGGUGUGCGUCGGCCCACAUUCGCCGAACUCGUCCUGACUCUGUCGCGAAUACUCAAGGUGAUGCCUCUUCCCGCACCGGGAGGCCUGGGUGUUGUCGAUUCUAAAUCCCAAGUGCGCGGUGCUGCAGAAUUUAGCCCCACACGACGACUAGAGUUACGAGGGAGUGGUUCGGGAGGAAGUGGUGCAAACAGCGGCGCAAGCGAUGGACCGUCCUUUUGAUCCCUUUAUGUACAGAGCGUUAUUGCAUUUUUUCAGAUUAUUUCAUCGUCUCUAUGUACCCGAUCUAAGAUUUGUUCUGGGAGCAAUAGGAAACCAGUCGGUAUGAGGCCGAUUUAAAGUCACCGUUCGUAUGAAAAUACAUGCUGAAUGAUGAAAAUAAACCAAGGUCUUCACCUUAAGACUCCGCGUUGGGAACAAACAGCCAGACACCGAUUAGCUUUCACAGACAGGAUAACAAUGUGUCUUAUACGCUUUCUUAUCUUUUUUUCUCUUUUACACUCGCCUUGCUAUCAUUUUGUGCCUAUAACUAUCACUACGUUACGAUUCUGGAAGUCCAGUUACAAAGGCGAUCUGUGCAACACUAAACGGUUAAACAAAUAUAGAACGCA